CAGAGAGAUAGGCUGCUCACUCCCUCUUUAAAUACGCGCGUCUCUGUGAGUGCGAGAGACAUUCGAGUCAGAAACAGAGAAGCUCGAAAUGCUCAGCAUAUUGAUGAGAAAAUCAGUAGCUUCGGCUUCACGGAAAUCACUCGCCGCAUUGCAAAUCGCACAAACAAGUAGGAAUUACAGCCUCGGAGUCCUUCCCGAUGGCGUCGAUCGGAACUCCGAGGCCUUCUCUCGCAACUCCAAGACCAUGGACGUCCUGAUCUCCGACCUCCAAUCCCACAUCCAAAAGGUUCUUGGCGGAGGAGGACCUGUAGCUGUGAAGAGAAACAAGAGCAGAAACAAGCUCCUCCCAAGAGAACGCAUUGAUCGACUGCUCGACCCCGGCGCUUCUUUUCUCGAGCUUUCUCAGCUUGCAGGACAUGAAUUGUAUGAAGAAUCCUUACCAUCUGCUGGGAUCAUUACUGGAAUAGGUCCGGUCCAUGGACGGCUUUGUAUGUUUGUAGCUAAUGAUCCUACUGUGAAGGGUGGGACUUACUACCCCAUCACAGUUAAGAAACACCUCAGGGCACAAGAGAUUGCCUCCCACUGCAAAUUGCCGUGUAUAUACCUUGUCGAUAGUGGGGGUGCUUUCCUCCCCAAGCAGGCAGAGGUCUUUCCUGACAGGGAGAAUUUUGGUAGGAUUUUCUACAAUCAAAGUAUAAUGUCCGCUAAAGGCAUUCCUCAAAUUGCGUUGGUAUUAGGCUCCUGCACUGCUGGCGGUGCAUAUAUUCCUGCGAUGGCGGAUGAAAGUGUGAUGGUCAAAGGAAAUGGUACCAUAUUUCUAGCAGGACCCCCACUUGUGAAGGCUGCUACUGGAGAAGAAGUAUCUGCAGAGGAUUUGGGGGGUGCUAGUGUGCAUUGCAAGACAUCAGGAGUUUCAGACUACUUUGCUCAAGAUGAACUCCAUGGACUUGCUCUUGGGAGAAAUAUUAUUAAGAACUUGCACAUGGCUGGGAGAAGCUUGAAAAGCGGGUUGCAAAACAUAAACUCUGAAUAUAUAGAACCAUUAUAUGAUGUGAAGGAGCUUCGAUUCAUCGCGCCCACAGAGCAUAAGCAACAGUUCGAUAUCCGAUCAGUUAUUGCUCGCAUUGUUGAUGGAAGUGAAUUUGAUGAAUUCAAGAAAUUGUAUGGCACUACUCUUGUAACAGGUUUUGGUAGAAUCUUUGGGCAGCCUGUGGGAAUUAUCGGAAACAACGGAAUACUAUUUAAUGAGUCUGCUCUAAAAGGGGCACAUUUCAUUGAAUUAUGUACUCAACGAAACAUUCCUUUGGUCUUCCUUCAGAAUAUCACUGGAUUUAUGGUUGGUUCGAGAUCUGAGGCAAAUGGUAUAGCAAAAUCUGGAGCAAAAAUGGUGAUGGCAGUUUCUUGUGCCAAGGUUCCAAAGGUAACUAUCAUCAUUGGUGGAAGCUUUGGUGCCGGCAAUUAUGCAAUGUGCGGUCGUGCUUAUAGUCCUGAUUUCAUGUACCUUUGGCCGAAUGCCAAAAUCUCCGUGAUGGGUGGUGCUCAGGCUGCUGGUGUCCUUGCUCAAAUCGAAAGGGGCAACAAGAAGAAGAAAGGAAUUGAGUGGGACAAGGAAGAAGAGGAGAAAUUCAAGGCAAAGGUAGUGGAGGCAUAUGAGAGAGAAGGGAACUCUUACUACUCCACAGCAAGGCUCUGGGAUGAUGGAAUUAUCGAUCCAGCCGACACAAGAAAAGUCAUCGGUCUCUCCAUCUCCGCUUCGAUGAACCGUGACCCCGAAGAAACCAAGUACGGUGUAUUCAGAAUGUAACGUAGAUGUAGUUAUGAAUUGAUACAAUGGAGCUAUGUGAAUGAAAACCCUUAGCAGCCAAAAUGCUUGGUGCUUGUUUAUUCAAAUGUUCUCUUAGUGUUGUUGGCCA